CUUUCGUGUUCGCAUACAUCCAAGUGUAUCCUCAGUGCCUCGUAACCUACCAAUGGAUCCCGAUCCGCCUCCGACUGCCACCCCCGAGUCCCCCUCGAUCUUCCGCUGGAUCCUUGGUUUCCUCAUCGUCGGCGCUUGCUGGGGGCUCACUACACCUUUUAUGCGGCGGGCCGCGAUCAACUACACACCACCAGAACGGCCCGCGCUUACGGAUCCCCGAAACUCGUGGCUGAAGAAGAAGGUAUUGGGGAUAUUCUAUGCUGUCAUUGGUGUUCUGAGUAGACCGGCGUAUGCUGUACCGUUGCUGUUGAAUGUGACGGGCAGCGUCUGGUUCUUUAUAUUGAUUGGCAAAGCUGAAUUGAGUUUGACGGUGCCAAUCACCAACUCAUUGGCCUUUCUAUUCACUGUCUUGGGUGAAUGGUGGGCAGAAAAAAAGGUUAUCAGUAGAGAUACUUGGAUUGGUAUGGGUUUCGUGCUUGCCGGAAUUGCACUCUGUGUGCAGAGCAAGACCUCGUCCCGAUAGGAUGUUGGACUUUGAUUUACUUCGCCCAGAUACCCAGGAUUUUGCCUAGAUAUACUCCAAUAUAGCAAGACAUAUUUUGCAGGUCAU